AAAUAUAUUGUUUUAAUUUUCUAAACGCGGUGGGAUAGUAUUAAAAUAUAGUCCAUUACCUUUGUGCUCUGGAGACAUUGAACUUUGAAUACUGAUUUAGAAAAGUGCUUAUAACUACAGUGCAAUUUUCAGCGUACUAAAAGAUCGAGACUGAAAACAUGAAUCUUUAUCAGCACCAUUUAAAAUAAUGAAUUUGUACACGCUUUGUGGCUGUACACGUCCUUAGUUGUAGGUCAUACUACGUUAUCGAGAUGUUGUUGCUCAUUUUUUGCAUAUUUCUGAGUGCCCAUCAGGUUUAUUCCAGCUCACUGACUUUUGAAUUAGAGGACAGGUCCACUCACUGUUUUUAUGAAGAAGUUGCAAAAGGGAGUAAUUUCAGCUUCCAGUUUUAUGUUAUAUCAGGGGGAAAUUAUGAUGUAGAUGCGGAACUUAGCGAUCCUCAUCACAAGGUGAUUGAUUUAGCCAGUCGUUCAUCCCUGCAUACAUUCAAAAUCACUGGCUCCCAGAAAGGUGCUUACCGUGUGUGUUUCAGUAAUUCAUUUUCUACUGUCACUCACAAAGUUGUAUCAUUGAUGUGGAUUAAUGGUUCCGAUAACAGUCAAUGGACACAUGUUGGUGCUCCAUCUCUUGAUACAACGAUAUCAAUAAGUUUGAAUAACAUACACUCAACAAUAUAUAAUGCAGUAACUCAACUAUUUGAAAAUCGUGUACUUUUAACACGAUCUUAUUCUUAUGCUGUUUCUCUUAAUAAGCGUGUAUUAUAUUGGUCAUUAGGUCAAGCUAUAAUUAUUAUUCUCUUUGGUAUUGGACAAGUAAUAGUUAUGCGAUCAUUUUUCUCAUCUUCAUCGUCUAAACAAUUUAUCAAACCAAUUCCUACAAUGCCUGGAUCAUUGCAUACAACUGGCUUUUAAUUCUAUACAACACUCUGGCUACUACUACUACUACUACUACUACUACUACUACUACUACUACUACUACUACUACUACUACUACUAAUAAUAAUAAUAAUAAUAAUAACUCACUUUAUUGCUACUUAAUGAUAUGAAUGAAGUUGAUCAUACAAUUUGAUCCUUGCUAAGAAGAAGAGGAGGGAUUCUUUCUUCUGAAGGUAUUAGCAGUAUGUGAUAUACUUUACUUUUUACACACACACACACACACAGAGUAAAUUUUGUUGAUAAGCUUUAGCCAGGUCAAUGAUGACCUUUAUUAUCUGGACUCAGUUGUGUUUUCUUCUUAUGAUUUCGUUUAUAUAAACAAGGUGGUGGUGGUGGGGUGACAUCUUUUCUCUUAUCAAUAAUUUUUAUACUUAGCAACAGCAUACAUUUUAUAUAUAUUUUCAUAAAAUUUAUUAUAUCACCGUAAUAUGUACACGUGAUGAUUAUUUAAUGUCGAUGAUGUCUCAUCGAAGAAAAUACUUUUCUAUAUGAGAUUUCUUUGUUAAUCAGCAGGAUUUAUUUUGAUUUGCCAAGAUUAUAAUAUUGGUAUUUGUUCG